CGGCUCGUUCAGUGAGGGGAACAUCUCCGCAUUGCCGGGUAUCACUUAGAACCUAUAACUCAUAACUGAAUGAAUUCUACUAGUACACACUUUCUUCGCUCUUCUUCACGAAACACCGAGACAUCAGACAAUCAAUUGCAUGGAUCUGUUUCGAUUUGAAUAAUAAUCAAACUAGCUCCGACAAGUCGCAUCCCCAAAUCAACGCCACCCAUCCAUCCAUCCACGCUUCUUUCUAACUUGCCACCUCAUCAUCAUCAAACCUACCGUACCUUCGGUUACUCAACUCAAAAAGAAAAAUGACACUCUCCCCAACCCUCUCUCCGCCGCCAGAGGUGCCCAACGUGCUCCUAUCGCUGCCGCACCCCAACGUCCUGCUCGUGACGCUCAACCGGCCGCGCGCCCUCAACGCCAUCCCUUCCUUCCAGCACGUGGCCAUGGCCUCGCUCUGGGCGUGGUACGACGCCCAACCGCAGCUGCGGUGCGCCGUUCUCACCGGCGGCGCGGACGCGCGGGCCUUUUGCGCCGGGGCCGAUCUGCGCGAGUGGGACGCCACGCACGCCUCCUCCAACAAUGGCACUAGUAGUAGUAAGCGCUGGUCGCAGGAAGGAUUCGGCGGGUUGUCGAACCGAACCGGCAAGAAGCCCGUGAUUGCGGCAGUCAAUGGGCUCUGUUUUGGCGGGGGCAUGGAGAUGGUCAUCAACUGUGAUCUGGUUGUUGCCGAUGGGAAAAGGGCGCGGUUUGGGCUUCCCGAGGUGAAGAGGGGCGUUGUGGCGGUGGCCGGGGCGCUGCCCAGGUUGGUGAGGACGGUGGGCAGGCAGCGGGCGGCCGAGAUGGCACUGCUUGGCCGCACGGGCUACACGGCCGAGCAGAUGAGGGAGUGGGGGAUUGUGAACUUCGUGGUCGCGGAGGGACAGGCCGUGGCUGAGGCCAUUAAGCUCGCCGAGGAGAUUGCGGCGAACUCGCCCGAUUCCGUGAUUACGUCGAGGGAGGGGCUGAGACUGGGGUGGGAGGGAAUUGGGCCGCAGAUGGGGACGGAGGUGCUGGAGAGGGGGAUGUAUGGGCGGAUCGAUGGCGGGGAGAACAUGAAGGAGGGCGUAAAGAGCUUUGUGGAGAGGAGGGAACCGGUCUGGAAGGAUAGCAAGCUGUGAGUGGAGAGAGAAAGCAAGCGUUGAUGCGCUUGUCAAGUGAGAUGUGUGUCCCGGACCCUGCGCGACCCCGUCACCUCGUUCUAUAUAUGAUAUGCCCUACAAGUACCUAGGUAGGUAGGUAGGUAAGCCACAUCAUACAUGGAAUUCACAUGCCACCAACAACAGCUCAAGCAUCUCCAAACCUAGCCGCAGCAGCGCACACAACUAGGUAUUGGACCUGAUAGGUCAAGGCGCCGUUUCUGCUCAUUGGAAACGAAAAAGGUCAAAGCAAAAAAAAUAG